UACUACUACUCGGUGCGGCUGUUCGCCGGGCAGGAGCCGGGCAGUGCCUGGUACUACUACUCGGUGCGGCUGUUCGCGGGGCAGGAGCCGGGCAGUGCCUGGUACUACUACUCGGUGCGGCUGUUUGCGGGGCAGGAGCCGGGCAGUGCCUGGGUGGGCUGGGUCACCCCCCACUUCCACCAGCACGACCCCGACUUCGAGCUGAGCCGCGUGCGCAGCGUCACCGUCACCAUGGGCGACGACCGCGGCAACGUGCACGACAGCAUCAAGCGCAGCAACUGCUACAUGGUGUGGGGGGGGGAGUUUGCGACCCCCACCCAGCAGGCCAGGGUGUCCCACACCGACCUGGUCAUCGGCUGCCUGGUGGACCUGGCCACGGGGCUCAUGACCUUCACAGCCAACGGCAAAGAGAUCAACACCUUCUUCCAGGUGGAGCCCAACACCAAACUGUUCCCGGCGGUGUUCGUGCAGCCCACCACCCAAAAUGUGCUCCAGUUCGAGCUGGGCAAGCUCAAGAACAUCAUGCCCAUCUCGGCGGCCAUGUUCAGCAGCGAGCGGCAGAACCCGGCGCCGCAGUGCCCGCCCCGGCUGGUGAUCCAGCAGCUGACGCCGGUCACCUGGAGCCGCAUGCCCACCGAGUACCUGGCCGUGGAGAGCGCCCGGCUGGGCGAGCGCCAGGGCUGGGCCGUGGAGUGCUCCGAGCCCCUGCAGAUGAUGGCCCUGCACAUCCCCGAGGAGGACAGGUGCAUCGACAUCCUGGAGCUGUGGGAGCGCGAGGAGCUGCUGCAGUUCCAGUGCCACACGCUGCGGCUCUACUGCGCCGUGUGCGCGCUGGGCAACAACCGCGUGGCCCACGCGCUCUGCAGCCACGUGGACCAGGCCCAGCUGCUCUUCGCCAUCGAGACCCCCGAGCUGCCGGGACCCCUGCGGGCCGGCUACUACGACCUGCUGCUGGCCAUGCACCUGGACGCGGCGCAGCGCGCCCGCUCCUCCAUGAGCGCCGAGUUCAUCGUGCCCAUCACCGAGGCCACGCGCUCCAUCGCGCUCUUCCCCGACGGCGGGCGCUGCCCGGGACCCCCGGGCGUGGGGCCCAGCGCCUGCUUGAGACCCCAGCCUCAUUUCUCAGAGCCCUGCUUCAUCCGGGCCGGGGGCGGCGGCGGGCGGGCGCCGCUCAGCCCGGCCAUCCCGCUGGACGAGCUGGGAGCCAAGGCCAUGCGCAUGCUGGCCGAGGCGGUGGCUGGAGGGGGUCCCCACGCCCGGGACCCCGUGGGGGGCAGCGUGGAGUUCCAGUUAGUGCCCGUGCUCAAACUGGUGUCGGCGCUGCUGGCGGUGGGAGCGCUGGGGGACGGCGACGUGCGCCGCGUGCUCCGCAUGAUCGAGCCCCGCGUCUUCGGGGACGGCGAGGGACGGCGGGAGGAAGGGCAGGAGGAGGAGGAGGAGGAGGAGGGGGUGAAGGCCAUCGAGGCUGGCGAGGAAGAGGAGGGGGAGGAUGAGGAGGCGAGGAGGAAAAAGGCCGUGGAGGCUGGAGAGCUGGAGGAGGAGGAGGAAGAGGAGGAGGAAGUGAGGAGGAGGAAGGCCAUCGAGGCUGGAGAGCUGCAGGAGGAGGAAGAGGAUGAGGAGGAGGCCAGGAGGACAAAGGCCAUUGAGGCUGCGGAGGUGCAGGAGGAAGAGGAGGAGAAGGAGGAAGAGCUGGAGGAGGGGCUGCUGCAGAUGAAGCUGCCGGAGUCGGUCAAGCUGCAGGGGGAUUUGGGGACAGCGUGUGGGGACAUGUGGGGCACACGGGGAGGGGUGUACAGGGGUGGUCCCGUGACCUGGUGUCCCCCCGUGUCCCCCCGUGUCCCCCCGUGUCCCCAGAUCAACAUGCUGAUGCAGUACAAGGGAGGGGCUGAGGAUGAGGAGUGUCCCGUGCCUGGGGACAUCCGGGACGAGCUGCUGGACUUCCACAACGACCUGCUGGCCCACUGUGGCGUGGAGCUGACGGAGGAGGAAGAGGAGGAGGAAGAGGAGACGUCGCUGCGGCAGCGGCUGCUGGGGCUGGUGCAGAAGGUGGUGGGGGUCCGGGGCCCCCCCAAGGAGGAGGAGACCCCCCCCGAGGAGCCCCCGGUGCCCAGCACGCUGCAGGAGCUGAUCUCGCAGACCAUGGUGCACUGGGCGCAGGAGUCGUUCAUCCAGAGCCCGGCGCUGGUGCGGGCCAUGUUCAGCCUGCUGCACCGGCAGUACGACGCGCUGGGCGAGCUGGGCCGCGCCCUGCCCAAGGCUUACGCCAUCAGCGCCACCUCGGUGCCCGACACCACGGCCCUGCUCGAGUGCCUGGGCCAGAUCCGCUCGCUGCUCAUCGUGCAGAUGGGCCCCGAGGAGGAGAACCUCAUGAUCCAGAGCAUCGGGUGCGUGGGGCCCUCUGCGUCACCUGUGUCCUCUCUGGGCAUGCAGGGCUCCACCCCCCUGGACGUGGCGGCCGCGUCUGUCAUCGACAACAACGAGCUGGCGCUGGCCCUCAAGGAGCAGGACCUGGAGAAG